AUGGCUCAUGGCCUUGGUUUGAUCGGUUGCAUCCUCCUUUGGGCACCAGCUUUGUCCCUCCGCACUGACUUCAAUGGGACUGCUGAGUCUGGAGCUUGCGGUCUCUUGUCCAACUGCUGCGCGACACCCAAAUGCUCGAAGAAGAAGUACUGGAAUUCCAAUGCGCUUGUCUACUUGGCAUUUGAAAAAUGCCGGGUAUUUGAACCCAAAGGUCCGUGGAGAACGGAGGAUGGCAAACUUGAGAUGACCAGCUUGAACAAGGGGCUUUUCACCAAGCUGGACAAAGCCGACUACAUCUGCAGGGAGACAUGUGACAUUUACAAAGAAGACGCAGAGGGACAGCGGAGCUACUACCCGGAAUUCACCGGCAGGACCGUUUAUCGAGCCGGAGGGGUCGAAGAAAGACCAAACAUGAACUGUCGCUUUGGAUAUGUCGAAGUCAAUAGCCGCUGA